AAGCCGAUUUCUAAGGUGCGGCGUAAAAUUGACCCGCCUGUAUAGUGGCAAACGAUGGAAUAUGGCACAACUCCUGUGUUCUUCAUGUUAUUUUGUACCUUUCUCUUUUUUCCUAUUCCCACUAUUGACUUACUAAUACGUAUAUUACGAACUAAACAUACACCUAUUCACUCAUUCGAAUGGAGCAAGGUUCUCAAAUUGAACGUCGCAAGGCUUGCGAUGUGUGUUAUUACAAAAAGAUAAAAUGUAAUAUGGCUAAGCCAACAUGCUCCAAUUGUGAGCUCUAUGAGACUCCCUGCAAGACAUCUCUGUAUCGGCGGCGGGGCCCAGCACAACCUAAGGCCAAGGCACAGACGUCCAAUGCUAGUGUGGGUGACAAGUCUCACAGUGAAGCGAAUAACUCUGGAGCAUCUAGAAAUGAAUCGCUUGAAGAACGUGUUGCCUUCCUAGAAAGCCGCCUGGCGCAAUUGGCGCAGAAUGCGUCGCUUGCGGGUCAGGGCCAUGGCUCCCCACCGAAUAGUGAUGGUUCGUGGUCGGGUGUCAUCGUGGGAGAUGCGACGCAAAAGCUCACAACUUCUACAUCUAAUUCAAAAGCUGAAUCGGCUAUAAGCAUACUGUCGGACACAAAUCAAUCAUUAGUACUACCGCCCUUGGAUGAUAUACUUCCCCUUGUGGAGCGCUUCUUCGAGCAUACUAAUGCGUUCAUCCCCCUUUUCGAGAAAAGCGACUUUUAUAGGCUGUUGAUGGAUUGGUAUCACCCAUCGGGUGCAAACAGUCAAUCGCAAGCGCAGAGUGGUAGUUAUAAUCAUAUACCAGCUAACACUUGCACGCGACAGACCAUGUUCGCCGCUAUAAGCGUUGUCAUCGGCCUAUCGUAUCGCGUGCCCUCAAGCGCGACGGAGGUUCUCGAGAUCGGCGUGGAACAUCCUAUGGUCGAUAGGUGUAUGCGUAAUGUAGAACACGUUGUGAUGGACCUCAUGAAUAGUGCUGAAGACUUGGUACCGCUCCAGGUUCUACUGGGCCUGAUGAUGCUGUAUCUUGGUAGUCGUGAUUCUCGGCCUGUAACUACGUUGGUGGGGUCGGCGGUUCAACUGUGCCAUCGACUCCGUCUGCACUCAUCUGAUGAUAAUGCGGAGUUCCCGGCGCCGCUUAGGAUAAAAAGAGAGCGGUUGUUCUGGAUUACUUAUAUACUUGAUAAGGAGAUUAGUAUGCGAUAUCAGACACCACCACUAUUAUCAGACGAUGACACCGAUGUGGAACUGUCAUCAGAGUUGGAAGGGAGCCAAAAUGACGUAUUCGCCGAGGUCUCGCGGGGUAUGGUACCGUUCGGCUUCUUCCACCAUCGCGUACAACUCGCCGGCAUUCAGGGGUUAAUUUACCAGCAACUAUAUUCAAGUUCCGCAGGUCCAUCUAAACUACCAUUAGAACAACGACGGGCUCGGAUAUUCCUACUCGAUGCACAUCUGGAGAAUUGGCGACAGAAGAUCCCCCCUGAAUUCCAACUUCAGAAUCUAAUUCGGAGCCUAUUCCCGGAUGGAUUCGCGGCGGAGAAGUCAGAUAAGAGGAUGGGCGCUUUUAUUCAUAUGGUCGAAUUACAUUUUACUCAUAUCGGCGCUCUUGUCCGAAUGCAUGGCGUCUGGAGCCGCGAUGCGGGCUGGUUGAAAUUGAUCAGCGAGUUCAGCAAGCAGGCGGUUCGUGAUUGUGCUGAGGGCGGAAGUAAAUGUGGAGCUCAGAUCCCCCCUUAUCCGAAGCAGUGGGAGAGGUGUGUCAAAGCAAGCAGAGAUUGUUUGCAACUGGUGCAGAACAUGCCCUUAACUAUUAGCAACAUAUGGAGUACGGGGUGCGCUUAUGUGUCGAGUUUGGUUAUCGUCUUGGUAAACCAGCUACAGAGCAACGACAUCGACCAACUUGAAGCAGACCAAGUUCUGAUUAGAGAGGGCCUUAGCAUAUUUGUGAAGAUCAAGGAAGUUUCCACUUGGUAUCCAUUACACCGACUACACAGUGUUUUGUUGGGUCUUGAAGAACGAGCAACGCGAGAAAUCCUUAUGAAAAGAUUACAGGGGCCAGAUGCUACCGCUGCCACACCUGUUGAUGUGGACGCUAUCCGUGCUAUGGCGACAGAUAUACCGAUGAGUCAGCAUUUUACGCCGGGCGAUUGGAGUAUGGCGAUGAAUUGAUGAUAUUAUAUUAUCACGACUGGAAUAGGUUGGAUAUAAAUAUAAUUGAUUAUAUCUAGGAUGUUCCCGUAUGAUUUAUUAAACAUAGUGUUAAUUUUAUAAUACUGUAUAGCGAUACUGUAUUUCUAGCGGGUUUUUUUGACAGCCAGCGCCUAGAAAACCAUUUCAAUCACUAUUCUUCACA